ACAGUAAGUAAUUACUUAGUAACUAGUUACACCCAACCCUGAUGAAGACAUUACAGACUUGCCAUCUUGGAACAUCAGAGCACAGUUUGAGACAUCACUGAGAUCUCCUAAACGCUAAAGCCGUGCACAAGUGCUGGACAAAAGCUCUGGCUAAUAAUACCAUCCAGUUACAGAGUGACGGCGAACAAUAAAGCUCGUCUUAAAAACACAGCCAUUGUUCUACAGCAUCACUUCAAGAUCUUCCCACCACAGCAACACAAGGUAAGAUCAUUCGCUUUUCCUUUAGACCUGACAUCAGCAUAUUACACGUCUGAUUCGACAUUAAAGCAGAACCGUUCACCAUCAAUAUGAAUGAUAGUGAACCAUUGAUAUGGCUUCUUGACCGAUUUAAAAAAACUCUUCACAUCCUCGAUUACGGUCUUAAAAAUCUUUGUCACGCUGUGUGGUUCCAUACAAAACCUUUACAACCACAUGCAAAAGAUUCCUUGUAGACGAAAAAGGUUAUAAAUCGCAUAUAAGAAAUAAAUUGAUCUUUCAAGAACAUCGGACUGAAAGAUCCUUUGGAGAACCACGCUGCAAAAAACCUCAUCUUUAAAAGUAAUUUACAACACGACAUGUUCUUCCCUCACCUCUUUUCUAUACUUCCGUUCAUCGUUAAGGUUUUAACACAAAAUCAUCAAGUUACCUGUUAAAACAUCAUCAAAUGAUGUCAUUUCACAUUCUUGUGUCAAGUCUUUCAGUUGUAUAUAAAUCAAUAAAAAACACAGAAAUGAUUGUAAGUUGAGUUCGAAACAUCACUCAGGGCGAUCGGUCUAUUUUCAGAUGUACAUGAUGAUGUGCUGUGAUGUGUUUUAAUGUGAGUUUUAUCCCCUUGUGUCCUGAAACAUGGGCAGGGUGAACGUCUGUGAGUGUGUGUCUAUUUCUGGGACAUGAGUGGACACGGGCUGGAGAAAGAUGGGAUUGUUAUCUGUGCGACAUAGUUAGCAUACCAAUAUCACCAAACCACCGUCCACGUCUGCCAACACCUUCCUCCUACAGGACCACUUCUCUGUGUGUGUGUGCGCUGUCAUUGCUUUGAAGCGUUUAACAGAUGAGUUUUAAGUCUCUUCGUCAAUCAAUUAGUGCUCAGAUGUGUCGUUGUGAUGUGAAUGAGAAACACUGCUGCUCAUAACAGUGAUCAUUUGAAAAGUAAAAUGCAGGAGAUGCUUUGAGUCGUGUGAUGACCCAUGAACGCCGCUCUGAGUAUCAUGUCGGACACUUGAACCUCUUGAAGAGCCUCCCAUUGGUGUUACCCUUUGGAAACUAACGCCUUUAUUUUUGUCUGCUAGGUCGACUCUCCGUUGUAAAGAUGCCCGAGUGAGUAUAUUGUGUUUCUGUUUUCUGCCGUUUGAAGUCCUAGACAUCUCACAGCCCCCUAAACAAAUGUGCACUAUUCUUAGAAUAACAAAACAUAUUCUCAAGUCCAAGUCUGAAAUCUUUGUAUUCAAGAAUAAAAGAAAGACUUUUGGACACUUCUGUGUACAUUUUAUAACAUGAGCUUUGUGUUGACAACUACAAUAUCUAAAUAUCUUUCUUUUAUUUCCAGGCAAGAGGUGAGAGUGAAAAGCCGUCUUCAGAUGGCCCUUUGAAAACCUGAUCUACUGUAAAAAAUGAUAAAUGUCUCCAAUCGUUUACAUGUUUAUAAAAUAAACGCUUGUUUCAACUCUGACAGAAAAAGUCCAAGAUCUCUGCAUCCCGCAAGCUGAUGCUAAAGAGUCUUAUGGUGGCUAAAGCAAAGGAGGAGUUGGAGGAGGAACUGGCAGAUAAAGAAGCAGAGAAAGAGAAAUAUUUAUGUGAGAAAGCUCCUCCGCUUCAGACCAGUGGAAUGUCUUUCGCUGAACUACAGGAGCUGUGUCGAGAACUACACGCCAAAAUCGACGUGGUGGAUGAAGAACGCUACGACAUUGAGGCAAAAGUGCUUCACAACACAAGAGAAAUCAAAGAUUUGAACAUCAAAGUCCUGGACCUGAGGGGUAAAUUUAAGCGGCCCGCCCUGAGAAGGGUGAGGGUUUCAGCAGACGCUAUCCUGAGAUCUCUGCUGGGCUCGAAACACAAGGUGUCCAUGGAUCUGAGGGCCAACCUCAAGUCUGUGAAGAAGGAAGACACCGAGAAGGAAAAGACGGUGGAGGUCAGCGAUUGGAGGAAAAAUGUCGAGGCCAUGUCUGGAAUGGAGGGAAGGAAGAAAAUGUUUGACGCAGCUCAGUAAACAACACAAGACCAAUAAACUCAAUGACAUCAAGAUGGGCCCAAGUUUGCAGGAAUUGACAACGCUGAGAAAAGAAAUAUUCAUGUUUUUUUGUUGAUGACUUGCAAUGAGUACUUUUUUGUCAAGAACCAAGUAACAUUUUGAUCAGAGGCAUAACUGCUGUGUGACGCGUUAUCAUUCAUAAACCAAAUAUAUCUCACUUGUCUACAUGCAUGCUUUUUAUAAACUCUUUAAUUAAGAGAUUCCAUUUGUAUCUGUCAGCAGCAGCAUUUAAAAUGAACUAAAAAAGGGUAACGUGUGGGAAAAUCAAAUGACAUAUACUACCAUGUUCAAAAUAGACCAAACAGAUUAUUUGAAACCCUAAAAUCUUAAUUGUGAAUCAAACAAAUUCAUGGACAAGUUAAAAGUUCUCUGACCCAAAUCCAGAGACAUAAUGUAUAAAGUUUAAAAUAAUGUAUAAUGUAUUAUGAAAACUGAUAUAAAGUGUCAUCAACAGAUGAUUUCUGCUUUCACGUGAAAUGUGUUAUUAAACACAAUAAUGUUCAAUUUAUUCCAUACUGUUAAUUUCCAUAUUUACGAUUACUGUUUAACACCAAAAGUUGUCUAACAUUAGUUAAUGCUCAGUGAACUUAGAUGAGCAACAUGAACAAUUGGUAUUAACUAACCUUAUGAGAAACUAAUAAGUCAUG